GUAAGGAAACAAGCUGCAAACAAACAAAACAUAUUGGCCCCACCUUGGCAGCCACCCAACUCACCUUUGCUCCCCAUAAACUACCUAUUACAUCCCUCCAAAAUAGCCAACCCACUCACCCCUUGUACCCCCUGCCUGGCCGAAUCAACCCACCCAAUACCCUCCAAAAUGGCAGCCCACUCCACCAUAACUUGCCCACAAUAAUAACCCAACAACAGCCCCACAAACCAGCCCCCAUCUCUGAUUUCUUUCCAUUAAGGAGACAAGAAUAAAUGGCAUCACUACAUAAUCGAUUGAUAAAAGUCCAUAAUCGAUUAUUGAGUGUCCUGGAACUUUGAACUCGUGGCUGCAUCAUCCCUUGAUUUCUCCUCAAAAUAACAACUCGUUUAUACCCCGGGUCUCGGGUAUAACAACUGCGCGGUCAAACCCGACGAUUAUCGCAAGAUCUCUUGCUGCACAACCGCCAAAGAAAUGUGGGACAAGCUGGAGGUCACAUACGAAGGUACGGACCAAGUUCGGGAAGCCAAAAUUGACUUCCUCACGCAGGAGUACGAGAUGUUCAGAAUGAAGGAAGGCGAGAAGAUCGAUGAUAUGUUCGAACGGUUCUCGAAGAUCAUCAAUGACCUUCAUGCACUCAAAAAGACUUACGCCAACAAGGAUCUAGUAAGAAAAAUCCUGCGGAGUCUCACACCCAAAUGGAGAUCAAAGGCCGACGCAAUCUACGAAUCCAUCGGAGUCUCCAACGUCACCAUCGACGGGUUAAGAGGUAAUCUCAAAACUUAUGAAUCCACUAUUCUAACCCCGUCCUUGGAUGAACAAAAGAAGAAAGGAAUAGCGCUCAAAGCAACCAAAGAGACGGUGGAAGAAGUCUCAAGCGAUGAUGACAACGAGUUUGGACUCGUCAUCAAGAAAUUCCAAAAAUUCAUAAAGAAGGAAUUUGAGCGCAAAGGAAGAAAGCACGAUGGUCCCCCGAAGUGCUUUGGUUGUGGCGAGAUAGGCCACAUCAAGCCGAGGUGUCCAAGAGGCAAAAACAGCAAGAACAAACCCGGCUUCAAAAAGCAAAGAGUGUAUAUCUCGUGGGGUGGCGACUCCGGCGAUGAGUCAACCGACCAAGAAUGAUAUAUAUCCGGGAGCAUGCCCGAAGACUCUCCGUAGCCCGCCAAGGGAUAGACGGAUCAGGGGAAUAAAGCCCAAGUGUGGUG